AGUGCGCUCAGACUGCUAGAGAAGUGGCGAAUGUUGAGUACAAUUGUCAGUAGUGCCUCUAUGCUGUAACACGGGGCAGUACGCGCGAGACUUCCAGACAGACUGCGUAUGUGUGAGAGAGUGACAAGCGAGUCGGGAGAGGGGGAGCGCGCGCGUGUGUGUGUUUGUGCGCGCUCGCGCCUCUAGUCCACUCUUGAAAAUGGCGUCUUCUUGGCAAAAUAACUGAAAAUAGCUAUUUUCAUCCAAGGCAUUUAGCGUUUAUUCAAGAUUAUGAAGCAUUACAAUUGCCCUUUGAAUAUUUCAAAGCAACUUUACGACAGAAUUUAAAUGAACCUAAAGCCAGCAACCACGUUGUUUCUCACCAGGAUGUUCCAUGCCAUGGAUUUAUGCACGUAAAUAUUUGGGGCGCAACAGCUGACUAAAAACAAGCCAGUAGAGUAGUACUUAUAGAAUUAAAGUGUCUCACUUUUUGUGACAAUGCCAUACGUGAACAACCAAGAGGAAAUUGAAUACAAUCAGCGCGUGUCGUGUGUUUUAGGGGUUUAAUAAGCAAUGUCAUCAGAAUUCGACAUAAAGAGUGUCUGUACAUAGGCAUCAGCCGCGUUGCCGUUUCUGCUGCGAAGGACAAUAGACAUCGAGAUACAUAAGAGAGCAAAAGAGGGGAGGGGAGGAAGAAACCGGAUUUUUUGUGGUGGCUGUGGUUGGUGAAAUACCCCCCCGCCUCCCCUCUGUAUCCUCCAUCUCCCCCUCCUCCUUCCCUCCAUUCCUCUCCCCCUCUGUGCUGGUCCUAUUCUUGAGGACUUGCUUGUGAAACAGGAGAGAUAAUCAGACAUUGAGCGUACAGGAAAGGACACGGGGAGAGAUAGUGUGUUAGAAUUUAGGAAUUACCUCCCUCCCCUUCCCCCUGGUCUAUCUCUCCAUCUUCAUCCCUUGUCUCUUCUUUAAUGGAUAGAAAUUAUCCUGGCACAGGAUUUGGUGAUUUGGGCGCUGGAACGGGAUGGAGUUACGAGAGAUCGGCGAAGGCAAGUUUGGUUUAUGGGAGUUCCAGAUCCUCCCAUCCAGACACAGAGCUCCUCCACCGCCAAACUUAUGCCACACCACACCCCCUGCAGGGAUAUGCAACAAAUCACCAUCCAGGCAGUUCUGGACAGGGUGGGGCAUGGGGUGCAGGAAGGAGCUUAGGGCUCUCAGGCUUGUUUGAUACUGGUCUACAUCAUGCCAGCUCCUCAGGACCAGAUGCUUCAGUUAUGAAUUUGAUCUCUGCUUUGGAAUCUCGAGGUGCUCAGCCUCCUCCCUCUGCCUCUUCCCUACUCUCCCAGUUUCGCACCCCAACCUGGCAAACUGCAAUGCAUACUCCAGCACCUGCAGAGCUAUUCAUUUCUGGUGCACUACCCGGCUCUGGCUCAUUUCCCUCUUCCUCUGCUCUUUCGGCAUAUCAGCACCCUGCAUCCUUCUCCGGGCGCUCCUUCCCUGGGGUGACCCCAUCAUUAUCUCUGCAGGACACACCUACUUUCAGUCCUAAUUCCAACGGUCUCCUGUCACCCCAUGAUCCUUUGCUACACAUUAAGACACCCUCCCAGUCAAGUCUUGGCUUUGACCGUCUUCUGACUUCACAAAGUGGGGCUGCUUCGUAUAGAGGGUCACAAGAGCCCACUAGUGCUCCCCCGCCACAGGCACCUGCAUCCUCCUCAACACGCCACUUACCACCCCCUCAGUUUAAUCUACUCUCCUCACAGCUUCAGGACCAGUCAUCCCAGCUCUACAAUUCUUCUGUAUUUUCUUCUGCACCUGCGCCCCCACAACCUCCACAGUCCCAGGAAAGGGCCAUCCCCAGGCAAGACAGUGUGAUCAAGCACUACCAGCGGCCUUCUACUGCGCAGUCUCAACUUUCCUCUUCCACACCUCAUCCUCUACAGCAAUAUCUCAGUUGUGGCGCACCAGGAUACCAGCAUAUACCCCAUCAUCGGCAUGGGGGAGUAAACCGUAGCCCACUGGGUGAACAGAGUCCAUCAUCUGACCCCAUAUCCUCUCCCCGUUCAGAACAGGUUUACCGCCCUAUCAUCCAGCCCCCAUACACCUCCUCCUCAGUCUCAUCCUCAGCUGGCUCAGGUGGUAGCAUUGGAAAAAAAGGAAAGAGUUCCAGCUCAAGUAGUGGCUACUCUUCUUCUGGCUCUUCCUCAUCUCGUACCCCUCACACUCCUCCUUCAGCUUCUUCCACCUCCUCUUCCUCCUCAUCUGCCUCUAAUCCUAAUGUCUCAUCAAGUACCUCCUCUGCACCCUCAAGACAGCAACCACCACCUCAGUCAGCACCGCAACCCCAACCCCCUCCACCUCCAACAGUAUCAUCCAAUGCUACACAGCAGCAGCCUCCAAAACCUUGCUUGUCCACAUAUGGCUCUCCUGUUGCUCCCGUCAAACCAACUGCUGGCCUUCCUGGUCAAACCCCUCCACAGCAACAGUCAUAUUCACCAAGCCAGCCAUCCUCCACCCACCUACCACAGCCAUAUGGUGGAUUCAGUUCUCCACAGGCCCAAGAUCUUGGUUCUAGCCUUGGUGGGUCUGGAAAAGCAUAUGGAAGUCUUGGAUCAACAGAGCGUUCAUUUUCAGCUGAGGUAGUCUAUGGCUCUGAUUCAGGAUAUGGUUCUUUGCCACCAUCUCUUGGAGGGGCAGGAAGUCCAUCAAUGGGCUAUGGUGGAACAGGACAUUCGCCUGCCUUAAUGGUGUCCGGAGGUGGUACGGGCACAACAAGCAGUACCACUGUCUCAGGAGCUGGUAGUUCAGGAAGUGUAGGUGGUGGUAGUGGUAGUGUAGCAAGUGGUGGUGCAGGAUCAUACCACCUCCCAGAUUCUAGCCCUUUAUCCUCAAGUAAUUCUGGAAUCAUCCGCCCAGGUCUGCACUCCCCUGCGCCAUCUCGCCCUGCACAGUCACCUGGAGGGAAUGGGGGUAACAAGUACCUGUCCUCAGUUCUUUCCCCAGCAUUUCUGGCUUCUCCACAGGGAUAUUCAGACACAAGAGUACCAGCCAAACAGACACAGUCUUAUCAUACAACACCACCAAAAUCUAAGUCUGAUUCUGAAAUGCUUGGGGUAGAGAGAUCCCAAGAAGAGGAUGAAGAAGAUGAAGAUGACUUUUUGAUCCAGCACUUAUUGCACUCACAGAGUCCAGCACCCAACACCUCCCAGCACCUGUCUCAACAAGAUCAACAGGUAGCCUCACAACAGCAGCAGUCCCAGUCCACACCACAGAGUAGAGAUGGAGAAAAGAGUCUUUCCGCUUAUGAGCUCAACAAGGAAUCUGAGGAGCGUUACCAUUUACUGAGUGUCAUUCGGACAAAUAAUACCACCAACGGUGUGGCACCAGUUCCUGCUGGCUCUUGUGGUCCAGGAACAGGUUUAGAGAACCAGUUGGAGAUGUCUCUGAAAAAGCAACAACAGACUAAGACUGGUAGAGUGCUCUCUGGAACUGGAGCAAAUGGUGGUCGAAGUGCAGUUGAUUCUUUGCCACACUCUCACUCACAUGGUCAACACCCUAACCAACAUGACUCUCUUGGUUCAGUGGUCCAUUAUGGCAGAGGAGACCCUUACACUCAUCAAACCCAUCAACAUCACCCAUCACACUCACAGCAUUCUCAACAUUCACAGCACCCUCACCCCCAUUCAAUGUCUCACUCUCAUAUGGAUCUUAAGAAAGAUCAGGAUCCUUCAGAAUUACCCUACCUGCGAAAGACACCAGACUUGCAACAGCGACAGACCCAGUCCUCCCUUGGCCUAAUGGAUUCCCCACCCGACCAGGCUCAGCAAACCUCCCAAUCUCAACUUCUCCAAUCUGCCCUUUCUCAUACCACUCGUAACAAGAUGGACAACCAUCAGGUUUCUUCGCAGCAACAACACCCAAUGAGUCAGCGGGCAAUGGUUGGACAAACUGGUGGAAUAGGCACUGGUGGCUCUGGAGGAGUAGACAGUCAGCCACAGACCUCACAGCUUCAACUCCAGCUCCAGUCCCAAACUAUGGAGGCCCACUAUGGACGUGAGGCUCAUCAAAACCAAAGCCAGUCUAGUCACAAUUCAGUUUCACCACUAGACAUGCUAGAGAGAUCUCUCUCCAGGACAAAUAGCCGGGAAAGGACAGGGCCCUCUGACAGAGUUGGUGCAGGAGAUGGGAGCACCAAUGAUCAUCUCAGACAACAGCAACAGCAUAGGAUGUCCUCACACCAUCAGCCCCACCAUCCACAACAACCAGCAGCAGAGCUUCAUGAUUUCUUGUCUGAGCCUGAUAUGAGCAUGUCAACCCCCUCUCAUUUGCACCAUUUGACCUCACAUCAUCCUCCCCCUCAUGCCCACCAUCAGCCACAUCCUCGCCACCAACACCCUCACCAGCACUCUCACCACAUGCAACCAACUUCUGGACCUUCACAGCCCCAAGCCCAGCCCAGGGAACAAGAGCCCCAGCCACAACUGGAUCAGCUCAAAGAGCAUCAAUUUGAUACUGGCAGUCCUGUGGGGAAAACAGCUCAGAACCAGGGGCAGAGCCAAGAGCAGCAACAGCGGUUUGUGCCACUGACCUCUAUCUGUUUCCCAGAUUCUCUUCUCCAAGAUGAAGAUCGAUCAUUUUUCUCAGGGAUGGAGGAUAUGUUCUGCUCUGAGGACUACAAGGCUAGCUGUGCUGGGGGAGGUGAAAGUGCUGGGCAAGGAGGUCAGGAUGGUGUGCCAGAGGCAUGUGAAACAGUACAAGAUAGAAUGGAUGCAGUUAAAACAACAGGUGGUGGAGGAGGUGCAUAUGAUAUUAUGGGUCACCAUGGUGAUCAAGGCUAUGGGCAGUAUUGUCACAGCUUGUCUGAAUCUGGCAAUGGUACUAUGCACUUAGAUAUGGACCCCAUGAAAUCCCAUGAACUCCCAUCCACUGUAAACACAGAACAGCUGGGCUUAAUCCAGUCUCAGGGCCCAGGGCUUGGAAUGGGCAGUACUGGGCAUGUUGUGGACAGAACUGGAAACAAAAUUAUGAGCUCUGUAGGUAUAGGGAGUGGUCCUGGCACAGGGGGACUUACCUCACCGAUCUUUUGCUCCUCUAGGCCUAAAAAACUUUUGAAGACAAGCUCAUUUCACCUCUUAAAACAGCGAAAAGAUCAUAAUGCCCAACCACAGGCUAAGAAGAACUAUGCCCAAGAAUAUGAGUUUGAGGAUGAUGAGGAUAAAGCAGACAUUCCAGCUGACAUCCGCUUAAACAGUAGACGUCUCCCGGACUUGCUUCCUGAUCUUGUGUCCAGCUGCAGAAAGUCUGGAGGUGGUUCAGGAGUUGGCAGUUUAAGCUCCUUGAUGGGUGAUUUAGAUUUCUGCCACCCCUCAGGUUACCCAUCACUUGGACCUCCCCCAGAGCUUCUCCCUCAUGAUGGCCCAAAGAAAAGAGGGAGGAAACCCACCAAACCUAAACGUGAGGGUCCACCAAGACCCAGGGGUAGACCCCGUAUUCGACCUCUCCCUGAGCCUCCAUAUGGCAGGAGCAUGAUGGGACCUGGUGGAGAGAUUAAAAAGGGUCGUGGUCGAGGAAGAGGGCGUGGAAGGAAGGAUGAUCACAUAAUGGAGAUGCACAAAGACAUAAACAAGGGGCAGAACUACCAUCAACAAGCAACUCACCUUCAUUAUCAACCACAGUUACAACAGCACAUGCACCACCAUUUGCAACAACAGCAGCAGCAUCAACCACAACAUAUGCACCAACAACAGCACAUGCAUGUACAACACCUUCAUCAACAACAGCAACAGCAUCAACAGCAACAUCAUCAACAACAACUUGCGCAACAUCAGCCUCAGCAACAAUAUCAAGAGCCGAUCAAACCAAUCAAGAUUAAGCUCCCUAUUCCUUCCAUGCCCUCAUCUGACUCCCUGCUGAGGACAGACUCCCUGUCAAGUACAGAUCCAGUUCUGUCUGAUGGUUCGUUAGGAUCUGCACCAUCUCUUGGUUUGAGCCCAGGGCCCACUACCGGUAUUGACAUAAACAGAAAUGAUAUGAACUGUGGUCAGGAAAAGAUGAAGCAGAAACCCCAAGAGAUGUCCUGGGAGGAAGAAAUGGAUGAGCAAAUGACCCCAGAGGCCUGGGCCACCAUGGAGAAACUAUCUGGCUCAAUGGAGGAUAAGCCUUCGGAGCUAAAGUCUGGUUUCAUAACUUCCUUUCUGGAUUUCUUGAAAACGGGGAAGAAGCAGCCAGGCCCUGAAGCUCCACCUGGGCCACUCCCUGUGGAUGGAUGCUCCAUAGAUUCCUCUUUAAUAAAGGGAGGCAUUCGCCCAUUAUCACCACAUCCUCCUCCUCCACCCCCACCUCCCCCCUUCGCAGAGAACGAGGGGGAAGGAAGCCUGCCUCUCACUAACUGCCCAUCCCCCUGUAAAAGACUUGAUGAGGAGUUCAAGAGAAACUUGGAGACCUUGCCAUCAUUCUCCUCAGAUGAGGAAGACUCUGUCAGUAAGAACCAGGACCUGCAGAAGAGCAUAUCAUCAGCCAUUUCUGCCCUCUAUGACACACCCCACAGCCUUACUGCCAUUCAACCUCCACCCACACCAUCACCACCCACUCCACAAGCAGAAACUCUUAACACCCCCCCGCCACCACCCCAACCCGAGUCUGACCCACACGCACGCACUGAACCUGAGACAGAGAUAUAUGUGUCACAAGAGCUAGAUUCACACUCACGACCCAACCCACAUGAGGAGACACAUGUUUCUGAUGAGGAUGAGGAAGAACCUGAGCAAGAGAUGCAUAAAGAAAUGCAGCAGAAGAAAGAUAGCGAGAUUGAACCAGAAGAAGAGGAGUUUGAAGAGGAGAGGACAAGAGAAAAAGAGGAAGUAGGUCAAACAGGGACAGAGGAGAGAAAUGAGGAUGAGGUGGAAGAGUAUGAAAUGCAGGACGCUCCCAAGAUGGAUGAAUCUCCUUCUGAGCCUCCUAGUGUCCCUGCACCCCACUCUCCUCCAUUAUUUUCUCCUUCUCCCCCAACCUCCUCCUCCCCAUCCCCUCUGCCUCCUCCUCCUCUCUCUAUACCCUCCCCUCUUCCAUCUCAAGAAGAAGAAGAGAAUCUACAGCAGCAGCAACAACAGCCACUACUGCAUAAUUCCCUCCCUCCCAGUCCUUCUCCACCUGCUCUCCCCUCUCCCUCCCCACCUCCUCCCACACUCCCUCCCUCCACCACACCCCCACCAUCCUCUUCUCCUCCUCCACCCGAAGAGCUGCCCCAACCCUCCCCAGACUCGCCCCCCACCCCUGAAGAUGCCCCCACCCCUCAGAUCACUUCAUUGCACCUGGCUAAGAAGCAGUCCAAUGCAGCCAUUGCAGGAGAGAGUGAGGAUGAAGACAGUGAGAGUGGGGGGGAGGGUAUCUUCAGAGAAAGGGAUGAAUUUGUGGUGCGCACUGAAGAUAUUGGAACUCUUAAGCUGGCUCUGCAGACGGGGCGAGAACCUCCUCCAAUCUGGAGGGUCCAGAAAGCUCUGCUGCAGAAGUUUGCUCCUGAAAUCAAAGAUGGACAACGGCAGUUUUGUGCUACCAGUAAUUAUCUGGGCUACUUUGGAGAUGCGAAGAUGCGUUAUCAGCGCUUGUAUGUAAAAUUCUUGGAGAAUGUGAAUAAAAAGGAUUAUGUUAGAGUUUGCUCACGGAAACCCUGGUAUCGGCCCAGUCUCACACUGAGGCGCCAGUCUCUUCCCAAGCCUUCACCUGUACGUAGCCUGACUCCACCGCGCAUGGAACGAGAGGAUAGGAAGAAGGAGAGAGAGAAGCAACGGGAGAAAGGGCAACGCGAAGAAAGAGAAAAGGAGAAAGAGCGAGAAAGAGAACAGGAAAGGAAGAGAGAAAGAGAGAGGGAGCAGAUGGAGAAAUCUAGGAGAGAAAAGGAGAAAGAGAAGGAGAGGGUGAGAGAGCUUGAAAAGCAAAGAGAGAGAGAGAAAGAAAGGGAGAAACAAAAAGAAAAAGAGAGGGAAAAAGAGAGACAAAAAGAAAUGCAGAGAGAGAAAGAAAGAGAAAAACAAAGAGAGAGGGAUAGGGAAAAGGAAAAACAAAAGGAGAAGGAGCGAGAAAGGGAAAGGGAGAGGCAAAGAGAAAAGGAGCGAGAGAAGGAAAAGAAGCUCCAAGAGAGACAAACUGAAGAGAAGCUGGAGAGGAGAACUGCAGUUGUAGAUCGAGGGAGGGUCAAAGAUGAGAAAAGAGUAGGAGAGAAGAGAGUUGAACGGACAAGGUGUAAACCUGUGAAAGUAAAGUCAGAACCUCCACCCAAAAAGAGGAAAAAGUGGCUGAAAGAAAUGCCCUACUCCUCUGAUUCAGACUCCUCUGCUGAUCCACCCAGUGAGGAUGAAGUGUCCAUACGCAGUGGGAUGAACAGUCGGGCCAUGAGAGAGAUGUUCCGUAGUUAUAUAGAGAUGCUGGUCAGCACUGCUCUGGAUCCUGACAUGAUCCAAGCUCUGGAAGAAACCAAUGAUGAGCUUUAUCUCCCACCUAUGAGGAAGAUUGACAGUAUCCUCAACGAACAGAAACAAAGACUGUUGAGGAGGGUCAACAUGUGUGUUCAGCACCAGGAGGUACUGCACAUGUUCCCUCAGAUGACAGCAGACCCCCUGGACUCUGGAGCUGUUAAAGUGCACCUGGGUGGUGAGAAUUACAAUCGUAAAACCCUCAAUAGAGUCAAAAGGAGCCUUCCCAAACAGCAGGACCUGAAGCUAUCAACAGAGACUUGCCGAAUAUACAGUCUCUAUCACUCUCUCCACCACUACAAAUAUCAUACCUUUCUGCACUGUAAAAAGGAGACGGACAGUAUAGAACAGGCAGCAGAAGAUCCAGGUCAGGAGGAGGUGGUACAGCAGUGCAUGGCCAACCAGGGCUGGCUAGAGACUCUAUUCAACUCCUUCACUGAACUGCUGACGCUUAGCACCAAGGCUUAAGAUUCAACUGUCAGAG